CGAGUGCAGUGCCAUCAUCGGCACUGCCACGCCCGCCUGCCAGGGCCUCUCCCAACGCUGCGGCAUCACCAUCGCCCAGCUCCAGCAGUUCAACCCGGGCCUCAACUGCAAUGCCCUGGCCCCCUACCAGAGGGUCUGCUGCAAUGCCGGCGACAUUCCCGUCCCGCCGAAGCAAGGCGAGUGUACUACCAUUGUCGGCAGUGCCACCCCAGCCUGCGAUGGCCUCUCCCAACGCUGCGGCAUCACCGUCUCCCAGCUCCAGCAGUUCAACCCGACCAUGAACUGCAAUGCCCUCUCCUCGGGCCAGAGGGUCUGCUGCAAUGCCGGCAACAUGCCCGCCCAAGGCCAGUGCACUGCCAUCUCGGGCAGUGAGACGCCCGCCUGCGAGGGCCUCUCCAUCCGGUGUGGCAUCACCAUCCCCCAACUCCAGCAGUUCAACCCGGGUCUCAACUGCAACGCCCUCUACCCGGGUGUGAAGGUCUGCUGCAAUGCCGGCCCCAUGCCCAUCCCGGAGAACCAGGCCGACGGCACCUGCAGUGUCUACACCGUCCAGUCCGGCGACUACUGCGCCCUUAUUGCCGCCAGGCUCGGCCUGACCGUCUCUCAACUCGAGAGCUUCAACGUUGGCAAGACCUGGGGAUGGGCUGGUUGCAAUGCUCUGCAGCCCGGUCAGCGUAUCUGCCAGAGUUCCGGCACCCGGCCCAUGCCGGUUCAGAGAGCCGGCGUCCAGUGCGGUCCCCAGGUUGUCGGCACCGUCAAGCCAGCAUCCGCGAGCGUCGACCUCGCCACCCUCAACCCUUGCCCUCUCUCAGCAUGCUGUUCAGGCAGCGGGUAUUGUGGAACUAACGAGGACUACUGCGUCGCGACGAAAGGCCCGACUGGAAACCCGGGCACCUUCGCCCCUGGCACCAACGGCUGCAUCUCCAACUGCGGCUUGAACGUGGUCAACAAUGCCCAGCCGCCAGCGUCGUUCAAGAAGAUUGGGUACUUCCAAGGCUACAACGUGGCCGCCAGACCUUGCCUGCACAUGAAUGUGACAGACACGCCCUCCGACUUUACUCACAUCCACUUCUCGUUUGCCACGCUCAGCACGGCGUGGGAUGUCAUUAUCAGCCCGGACAUGGACGAGCAGUUUGCCCUGUUCAAGGCCCAGACCAAAGCCAAGAAGAUCCUCGUGAUUGGUGGCUGGACGUUCUCUACCUCGCCCAGCACGUACAUGAUCUUCCGCAACAUGGUUGCCACCGAUGCCAACAUCAACACUGCCGUCGCAAAGAUUGGCGACUUCCUGCGCGCCAACAACCUCGACGGCGUGGACUUUGACUGGGAAUACCCCGGCUCGCCAGACACUGCCGGUCUCCCGGCUGCCCCUGCCAACGAGGGCGACCGCUUCAACUUGUUCCUCCAGGCCAUGCGCAAAAACAUCCCGCUCAAGUCCCUGUCUAUUGCCGCCCCUGCCUCGUACUACUACCUCAAGAACUACCCGCUCGCUGCUAUUGCGUCGAGCCUUGACUACCUCGUCGUCAUGACGUACGACUUCUUCAUGCAGUCCGACUACGGCUACGCGGACAAGUUCCAGGGCUGCCCGGGGGGCAACUGCCUCCGCUCGCACGUCAACUCGACCCUGACCACCCAGGCGCUGGCAAUGGUCACCCGCGCCGGCUUCCCUGCCAACAAGGUGAUUGUGGGCGUCUCGAGCUACGGGCGGGCGUUCCAGAUGGCCCAGGCCGGCUGCGCGGGAGAGCUGUGCAAGUUCACGGGCCCGGCGUCGGGGGCGCUGAGCGGGCGCUGCACCCGCGAGCAAGGGAUGCUGGCCGACGCCGAGAUUGCCGAGAUCAUUGCCACCAACCCGACCUCGCAGCAGUACACGCUCGCCGGCUCCGACAUCCUCGUGUACAACAGCACGCAGUACGUGUCGUACAUGAAGGAGACGACCAAGGCCACGCGCACCGCGGGGUACAAGGCUCUGAACCUGGGCGGCACGUGCGACUGGGCCAUUGACUUUCAGCGGUUCUGGCCAGGCCAGCAGUAAUCGGCUUGUUAUUGUUGAACGUUGUUCUGGCUGAAGCCAAUGUAUGGAUAAUAGUGGAGGUGUAAAUAAGAUUAUGGCACUGGGUAUAUACACUCACGGCUGGCAUACAGUACCGAUAGAAACAUGCAUUAAAAAAUCUAGCGAAAGGGGUCAUUGUUUUGAUUUAUUUCCCCCCAUACUUA